GGCGAACAAGGAUACAGGGGUAUCGCUAACCUUGCGUUGAGCUUUUUGCUUUGGGUAUGCUCCGGAACCGUGGCGCGAGUUUGAUGGCCGUAGAAGACUGUAGGAUUGAACGCAGUGAUGACAAAACUAGUACUUUGGUGGUGAUCUACUACGUGCCUAGUUGGUUCAAGCCCGCUUUCAUCCCUUCGUUACGCCGCGAGCACAUCCUUUGGCCCUUUCAGGCUUCCACAAACUGCACCAUUCAUUCAUUUGGCCAUCCCUUUGUUAGGAUAGCGACUAGCAUGGGAUUGACAAGACUGAAGUAGACGCUGUGUUGGGAGCGGUUCUACCUUCCUGCGACUUGACGCUGCGUUCCCGUUUCUUCUGACAGCCAUUGCACCAUCACUGCACCAGCCAUGUCAGACAGGCGGCCGAAGCGGCGCUGCGUCUCCGCGAAGUCGCAGGCCCCCAAAGGGCAGAUGCCCUCGGCGAUUCACUACGUCGGAUACGUUGAAGACGAUGAGACUCCAGAAAUGAUUAUGAAGAAGUUUGAGGAGCUUGAGCGCAUUAAGAAGGCUGCAGAGGCUAGGCGCCAGCAACACCAGGUCCAGCAACAACAAGCUCAAGCCAAUGCGCCAGGGGCUGAUUCAACAGGCGCUGGCCCCAGCACCAGCGCAGCUCCCGCAGCCGCAGAUACCUCCUCUGCUUCGCCAAAUGCUGCAAAUACUUCUGCGGAUGCCAGCCAGCCUGCCUCCCAAGCUCCACUUCCUCAUCUCAAUUCCCACACAGCAGCGCCUGCACAGAACCCUGCUUCCGAAACGCAGCUCGACGAAGAAGCCCUUCUCGAGGUCUUCCGGCAAACCUCCAUUAUCAACGUCCGCUCCGCGCUUGCUAACAACGGUGCAGGAGACAAUGAUGCCGAGUACGGCAUGGAGGAGACGUAUCUUGCGGAUGACAUGGGUGACGGAGGUGGCCUCGGUAGCGAUCUGGAGGACGAUGAGUACCUUAAGGGCUUCUGGAGCGACGAGGACUACGAGAUGGGUGGUGGCGGAGGGGGCAGGGAGGGGGCGGCAGGGGCCCGGAGGCGCAGGGCUGCUAGCGCGGGUAGCGGCCGGGGCGGCGAGGGCGGAGCGGGAGGAGGAGGCGUUCCCCGGGAGGCUAAGCCGCCUCGACCUAACGGCCCCUCCCGCCACGCGCAGCACCAGGUGGUCACCCAGUACAACAAGGACAC